CCCCCCCCCCACAGUCGCUCGUGCGCACAGGUGAUCGUCAGUCGCGCAGCGCCGCGGAUCCGUGGCGGACAUGGGCAAGAUCCAGGAGUUCGAGAUCGCCUUCGACCAGAACAAAGUGGUGUACGGCCCCGGCGAGUCCAUCUCCGGCACCGUGCGCGUCAGACUGGGCCAGGCGCUCACCUGCAAAGCCAUCAAAGUGAACUGCAACGGCUUCUGCGGCGUCACGAACAAGGUCAACGACACGGCGUGGACGGAGGAGGAGCAGUACUUCAACAGCACCGUCUCCGUCGCCGACAAAGGAACCCUGAAGCUGGGAGAACACACAUUCCCCUUCAAGUUUCUCAUACCAGCCACCGCUCCGACAUCUUUUGAAGGCAACUACGGCAGAAUCAUUUACAGAGUGAGGGCUUUCAUCGACACGCCGCGGUUCGCCAAGGACUACAACGCCGAGAAGGCUUUCUACCUGCUGAGCCUCCUGAACCUGAAUGAAGUGCCUGACAUAUGGGGAACCACGUCCUCUGCGGUGACCCAGCAGUUCACCUACAUGCUGGUGAAGACGGGCACGGUGGUCCUGAAGGCCGAGACCGACAUGAAGGGUUACACGCCGGGCCAGGUCAUCCAGGUGACCGCCAACAUCCACAACCAGUCCGGGAAGAGUACGGGCCACAUGGCGGCCAGCCUGAUGCAGAGAGUGACCUAUGAGACGAAGAGGCCCACCCACGAUGCGAGGGCCAUGGUGGAGGUGGAGGGAGGUGUGGUGAAAGCCGGCAAGGAGGUGGAGUGGAAGGAGCAGAUCAUCAUUCCCCCUCUGCCGCAGUCCUCGCUGGCUGGCUGUGAACUCAUCAAGAUUGAAUACUAUGUUAAAGUCAGUCUCAAAUCCCCUGACGUCUUGUUGACGUUACCCAUCCACAUCGGGAACGUCUCGCUUGACAAAAAACGCCACCCUUCCAGAAAAAGGGCACCCACGUCCUCCGCUGCAGCCGAGGAUACGCCGACGCCGGCCGACGCCACCUCCGCCGCCGUUCCCACGCCCACCCCUCGCCCCGGCCCUAAACCUGCUCCCCGUCCCACCCCUCGCCCCAGGAUGUCUUCCCAUCAAUCCCCCAGCGCACCUCCAGCGGAGUACCACCAAGGAGCGGAGGGUGGGGCUCCGGCGAACGAUGGCUACCCCAACAAGCGGCAGUCUCAGCUGGUGUCGCCCAACGCUUUCAGCUAUGCUCCGGGUCUGUUUUUCCCCCAGAACCAGCCGCCCAGUGGGCCUAGCGCUGCGCCAGGUGGGUUCGGUGGGCCCCCGGGGGCCACGGCACCUUACCCCCCUGAGAGUGCCCCUGGCUCAGUACCGACAACACUCAUCCUGCCUCCGGACUACGGCACGUCAGCUUAUCCACAAGUGACGACUGUGGCUGUCUCCUAAGGCGCUAACCCGGUGGUCUGAUGGUGUCUGUCUGUUGCAGAGGCUCCACCUUCUUAUGACGAGAGCUGCAACACAUGAAGUGGACGGACGACGACCCAGGAACGCUCCCACCCGGUGGACGGCCGAGUCACUCUGAAGUCAAAAAGAAACUGUCCGACUGCGACCCGCUUUCAGUCUGUCUACCGUAAUGAUGAGUUCCCCGAAAAACGUCCCGUCGUCGUUUUUUGUUGUUGUUGUUUUUUUUCAAAAGUUCGAAGCAAAUCGAACGAAAAAAAGGAUGAAAAGACGCAGAGCAAACUUCGUUUGACCUGGUGUGGCGGGUUGAUUUCAGGCCUCCGUCCCUGGUUUUUGUGCUAGUUUCUAAGUGUUUGAGAAUCGGCAUUUUGAAUUGAAGUGAAUGUGAAUUGACCCUGAGACACAACCGCUGCUGCCCAGUGAACAAGUAGCUUAAAAUAACCCUAGUGGGGGGGGGGUUGAUUCUCCCCUUGCAAUUUACCACCGUCCUUUUUUUAAAAAUCAACAUUUUACUUUAGUUUGUUUUAAGCACUUUGUAUGAAAGGAAAGAGAACGUGACGGGAGUCAAUUUUUAAUUUUUUUUAUUUCGAAGUAUACGUCAUCUGUGAUGUCACGUUUGAAGGUUCCACGUAGGAAACGUGAAAUGAUUCAUCUGACGUUUAAUCGAAUAUUAUUUUAGGACAGGGCAAAGAAGUGAACCUUUUUUCCCCGGUUGGAAACAGAUGAAAUCAUCUUUUUUCUGCAUAUUUGAGACUAGAUGAACGAUGUCGUUUGGAGAGAUCUUUUUUUUUUUUUUUAAUUUGCCUUUUAAUCAGGAUUUUUUAAAUGUUUUAGUUAUUCAGCCUCUUUAGAUUUCUGCCAUGUCUGAUCGUUUGCUUCUUUCGUGUCCUUGAACUGCGUUUUAAUGACUGUAGCUGUAAUAUCAGUAGUUUAGCAACUGUUUCAAUCACAAAGUCUUGCGAAAUACAUUUUUAUAUAAACAUUUACACAUUUCUGGAUCUGAUUAAGCCCCUCAAACACGCAGGCAAAAACUACGUUUAUUUAUUGUUUCGAGUUUUUUUCAACUGCUCUCUGGAUUCUAAUAAAUCUGUUCGAAGGA